GUCAUGGGUAACUAUUUUAAAACCAAACCUAAAGAUAAACUUGAUAAAGAAAUGAUUGAAUUUUUGAAAUCUCGUAAACUUCAACAUAUUAAUGAAGUAUAGUUUUAUUUUAAGCUAGGCCAUUGAUGUUGUUAAUACAAAAUUUCCCAAUUCAAAGUAUUUAGAAUACAGUGAUUAUUGUGAUGUAUUUAACCCAAUCUUGGAAAUUUGGACGUAACCUGUAUUCUCACUCUUGUCAUCUAAAUCUAAAUUAGAAGGUGCAAAUGAUAUUUACGAAUCCUUAGCUGUUUUGGUAAUUUAAUGAAUUAACUUAUAGACAAUAUUUAGUGAUGAAGAAUAAGAACUUAAAUUAUAAUUCAUUUUCUAAUUAUUUGACACUGAUAAGUCAGGUGAGAUAGAAAAGACUGAAUUAGUUGUGGCUUUAGAAACUUGUAUUCGUGGCUUGUGUAAGUUGGUACACUUACCAGCUCCUUCAAUAUAAGACAUUGAUUUUUAUGCAGAACGAUUGUUUCUAGAAUUAGAUAGAGAUUACAGUUACACAAUAUCAUUUAAUGAGUUUAAACUCUGGAUUAUUGGAAAUUUUGAAUUAUAAGACUUUCUAUUAAAAUAUGCACUUAUCUAAACAUAUGAAAAUGCUAAAAGGCGAUAUAAAGAAAAAAGAAUUCUUUACGAAAAUUUUUUCUUAAAUGCAAUUGGGAAUAAUAAAUCUGAAUUAUGUGAAUUAGAAUCCAUAAAGCAAAUAUUUUUGGCUGAAUUCAAUAAUUAGAAAUAAGAUAUUCUUGGCUUAUUAUUUAAGACUUUAUAAGAUUCUUCUAAUGCCUACUUAGAUCAAAAGCAAUGCGGAUGGAUUUGUAAAUAAGCUUACUAAGAUGUUAUGAAUGCUUGGGCAGCUUUUGAUGCUUCUGAUAUCAAUUCUGACAAUGAAGUCUCCAUGUCGGAAUUGAAAUAUUUAAUUUAUGCAUAUGAAGGAGACAAACCAGAUUAUUAUAGAUUAUAAACUGAAAUGGAAAUUUUAGAUAUGGAUUAAUCAGGAAAAAUUACUAGAGAUGAAUGGAUAAAAUACCUUUGCGUAAAUGAUAAAGGAAAAUUAAUUUUUAGGGGAACUUUAUAACAUCAAUUUAAUGAAUAUGAUAAAGAUCAUAAUGGUCUAUUAUCUAUCAAGGAUAUCAAAGACUUACUGAUUAAUUCAAUGAAAGACCUAAGAAUUCAUUUCAAAGUAAAAAAUUAUUAUUUAAAUUAAGAAAUUCAAUGCAGGGAAGACAUUUGAAGACAUGAUUGAUGACUUGAUUAAUGAAAUUGUAAUAUCACUAAAAAAUGGAAGCUAAGAUCCCCAUUCUAAUUCAAAUUAGCUAUUGUUUGUAUACUUAAUUUAUUAAACUAGCUUACUUGGAAUCAAUUUAAGACAUUUAUGGAAUAAGCAACAUAAAAAUAGGAUUAACUUCGCUAACUUCUAGCAAAACUUUGA